AUGGAUCCAUUUUCUAUCGGCAUUGGCUGUAUCACCCUACUCGAAGUUGCGCAAAAGACAAUUAAACAGCUUUACCAGCUUAGCAAGCGUUAUAAUGACGCCCGAUCAGAUUUACUCAAGACUAUGACUCAACUUCGAAGCCUAGCCUAUGUACUGGAGCUUAUUCGGUAUGACGAAGGAACCCAGCACACGGAUAGCCCGAACCGAAAAAAUGAUCUCAUUAUGGACCAAGUCAAUCUCUGUAUGGACAUCAUCGAGGAGCUCCAGGUUGUGAUUACCUCCAUCAACGACUCACGCGUCAAGUGGGCCAUCUCUGGCAAGGCCGCGGUGGAGAAUAUCCACAAGCAAUUACAAACGGCGACUGAACAGCUUGAGCUUACCUUGGGGGUGCAUACGUUAGCCGUCGCCAAAGAUAUCAAGAAGGACGCUACUGAACUGCUGUUGGGUCAAGAACAGAUCGGUGCCCAGGUUCAACGCCUGUCCGAACAUAUGGGACUGAGGGAUAACACCGGACCGUCCCAUCGGUCUAGUCCCACCACCAUUCCAUCAUGGUCAAGGACCUCACAAGGUGUCUGUGUCGAAGCCAGCGGACAGUGCGAUUCAUCUGUUGGUGCCAUGGCUGGCAUUCAUGAGUCUGUCAACGAUGGAAACUACACCAACGACACACCAUCACCAACAAACAGCAGUCAAUGGAGUGGAUCAACUGCAUACUCGCCACCUGCUUCUAUCUCUUCUCCCAUCAGUGUUAUUGACGUAACUGCCACUCUCGUCACCCCCAACGUCAACCCAAUCUAUCAUCAUACAGCCGAAACUGGAUCGUGGUCUCAAUACCAGGACCCGGCUACAGUAGCUCCAGAUACUCCCGAUAUCACAUUUUGGCCUAGCGAGAUGCAGUACUCACCAACAACCAUGGCGCAUAAGACCGCGAAACUCUCUAAAGAGAUCACCGUUGAACAUGUCGAGACACCCACCGCUCCCUCAAAAGAAGAGGUUAUUCGCAACCAGUUCAAGGAAGCCGCUUGGUCAUUAGCUCCUAAGAAGAAACAAAAGUCAGUCAGGGAGACAUUCAAGGAGAUGGUCAGGCUGAAGGCUGCUGCGUCUGUCGCUGCUUGA